GUUGUGACAAGAUGGCGGGAAUACGUGAAUUCCAACUGUCCCAAAUUUUUAUCCUUUUAAUGCAGUUUUAUCAACUUAUUUAUGCCACCACCAGCGGCAAAGUAUUGAGAAAGGAAUAUUCUACCUCUGGAAAAUUGGUAACCGUGAACAAUCAGCCGGAGUUUACAAACAAUACUUAUUUUAUAUAUCAGAUGUGUGACCGGAAGUCGUAUUUAUACAAUAUCCUACAUACAAACAGUCGCUUUGAUCACGCCCUACUAAAAUGCAUACUCCUCCUUUGCGGUGAUGUGUCGCCUAAUCCAGGGACAGUUAGAUUUCCUUGCAGUACAUGUAGAAAACCGGUAAAGUCUAACCAGAAAGCGAUACAAUGUGACUUCUGUGAGCUAUGGGUUCAUUUGAAAUGUACAAACUUAGAUCUUGCUGCUUACAUGAGUCUCGGUAAAUCUGACGACUACUUCUAACUGCAAUCUGUGUGAAUCCCGACUACCAAACUUUACAGAUUCAUUUUUCGAUGACGAGGAAACCACUUACUCCCAGCUGCCGAGUGGGGACGGGAUGCACGAAAAUGUACAGUUCACAUCAACAAAUCAGAGUAAUUCCCCUUUGGCUACACCAAAUGGGAAAUCGAAAGUACAAGAAAAUGAGGAAGACGAUAUAUUUGUUGAACUUUUUUCAGCUAGGAAAGCUAAUCCAAAGAAAUUUAUAGUCGCAUACCUAAAUAUAAACAGUCUGCGGAGCAAAAUCGAGCACAUACAUGAGCUAUUAACUCGAAAUAUAGUUGAUAUACUCUUUUUGUCAGAAACAAAACUUGAUGAGACUUUUGUGGACGCCCAGUUCCAGGUGGACAAUUAUAUCCUAUGGAGAAGGGAUCGAAACGCACAUGGAAGGGGAAUAGUGGCAUAUCUACGAUCUGAUCUACCAGGUGACAGGAAGAGGCAAUUCGAAUUCAAGUCAAUCGAGGCCAUAGAACUGGGUAUGGAUGUCAGUCCACCUUACUUAGGAUCAUGGAAGACUGGAAGAGAGCCUUGGAUGAGAAUAAUUUUAGAUAUACAAACACUGCCAUUGUGCCCAGUGUCAGGACAACCAGGUAUGGGUUGCAAUCCUUUAGGUGCAGUGCUCCUAAAAUCUAGAACUCUUUGCCAAAUGAAGCUAGGCAUCUUAAUUACCACCUUAAAUCAAUUUAAAAGUUUUAUUUCCACUUGGUCUGGCCCCACAUGUAAGUGUAAAUCAUGCAGAUCUUAGGUCCAUUGUAUAUAGCUUUAUAUGUUGCUUCUGCUCUUUUUAUCUAUGCAGCGUUUAUGUGUGUGUCUCCAUGGCUCAAUAGACCUUUCUUUUCUAUUUUUACUUUUAUUAUUUAUUUUUUAGUAAAUUCCAUCAGCAAUGAAAUUUUAAAUAUUUACAUGAUUAAUUUACUACCAUCAUUUAUUUUAAUUAUAUUUAAAUUAUUUUCAAAAACUCUUAUACUAUACAGCUUUUACUUGAAACAGCAAACAUAGCUAAUUGGUUUGAAAUUUAAUGAUGCUUUUUAUACAUAUACUCUUGCUUGUAGUAUUUUAUUUCUUCCUCGUAGUCUUAUGCUUUCGUAUCUGUAUAUUCUUGUAUAUUCUUGCAUGAAAGUUUUCUUUUAUUUUGUAUUCUUUUGUUAAUCUGUGAUAUGUCUGUGUAUAUGUGUACAUGCAUGCUAUGUGUCUUUGUCCUUGAUAUAAUGUGAAUGUGAUAGUCGGUUAAAAAGCUCUACAGAGCUUGUGUUUGACAUGUUGAAUGUAUAUAGUGCCGACUUUAAAUAAAAUUUACUUUACUUUAUUUACUUGUACAUGCAUUUGUAAACAUGCACGAUAGCACUGUGUUGACAGAUGCCCGCUGAUCUUGUUUGUUUUAGGUGUUUCACAUAACAUUAGACAUAAAAAUUUAUAGGAUUACGAUCGACGAGAUUGGAGCACAUUUUCUGCACAUUUUGUGCUACAUACAGAUUUUCACGAAGUUGACAUAAUAUAUUCUCCCCAAAAUCAUGAUUGUUUUGUUUCGUUUUUGAACAAUUUUUGAUUACUUGCAAUUCUUUUGUUGGCCGAUCUCGGCAUUCAAUAAUAUAAAGAUGUAUUAAAAAAAAAAAAUCAAAAAAUCCAGUACACUUUUUUUAUGCUGACGUAUGCGUAUAAAUACAUCGUUUAUAUUUUGAGUGAAUUAUACACACGUCAUCAUGGUCAGUGUACUGGAUUUUGAGGGGUUAGGUUAGAGUUCUAGAUUUUCAUAUUACGCAUGCGUGGUGUAUUACUUUAUUUGUUUACACUAAACGGAAGAAAUGCAUGAUGUGAAAUUCGGUCGUGUUAUUACAAGAUAGCUCAUUGGAACGACAGGUAAGCAUGUAGAUAUAAAGAGAUACAAUUUAGGGACAACGUGAAACAGCCAUGAUCAACGUAUCUAUAAACACACAGACCGUUUUGGCGGGAGUUAGUAUAGGUCUCGUGGUGUAUUACGUCAUCAAACGAAUGCGAUAUCGUCUGCCGCCAGGACCACGAUGCAUACCUGUAAUCGGGAAUUAUUCAGUCUAUACCUCGCUUGAAAUCCAUAAGAAAGCAGUGGAACUCUCCAAGAAUUAUGGUCCAGUAUUAAGUCUGUCUUUUGGUCCCCAAACAUGGAUCAUUUUAAACAAUAUUGAUGUGGUACUGGAAGCAAUGGUGAAAAGGAAGGCGGACUUUGCUGGAAGACCGAAAUUUGCAUCUGGUGAUUUGUUUACGGAGGGCGGGAAAGACAUUGCCUUUAGUACUUACUCACCAACUUGGAAAUUGCACAGGAAAAUAGCAGGCAAAGCACUAAGGCAUUACUUACAAGGGAAUCUACUUGAAAACAUGAUACAAGACAACAUGAACAAAUUUCUGGAUAAAAUGGCGGAGGAGAAAGAGCCGUUCUGUGCAAAAGAUUAUAUCGAUCUGAUGGUUUUCCAUCAACUCUACACCAUUUGUUUUGGUGAGAAGCGAGCAGUGGAAGACCCAGAAGUGAAAGGACUUCUGAAAUUAGAUGAAGACUUGCUCAACGAUUUGGGAAGCGGUGUGCUAGAGGAUGCGUUUCCAUACUUCAAGGAUAUAUUUCCAACAGCAAAAUGGAAGAAACUGGUGAGCAAAAUAGAGGAACUUUACGCAAUACUCCGAGCCAAAUUCAAAGAACACAUGGACACUUUCGAACCAGGUAUAAACAGGGACUUCACAGACAGUUUACUGAUCGCCAGACAGGAAGCAGAAAAUGAGGGGGAUGAAGCGGCCCUGGAGAAAUUGGACGAUACACACUUAGUUCAGACCAUAUCGGACAUAUUUUUCGCUGGAGUGGACACCACCAGAAUGACCAUGGACUGGUUUGUGUACUUCAUGACCAAGCAUCCGGAAAUCCAAUCUAAAUGCCAGGAGGAAAUUGACAGAGUUGUUGGUUCUGGUAUUCCGUCGAUGAAGAACAGGAACGAUUUCGAUCUUACAGAGGCGUGUCUUUUCGAGACUUUGAGAAUGGGGAAUGUCGCGGGACUAGGUGUCCCGCACAUGACUAUCUGUGAUUCUCAAGUUGGUGGAUACGACAUUCCUAAAGGGACUACCGUUAUGAUAAACCACUGGGCACUUCAUCACGACCCCAAGUAUUGGAAAGAUCAUGAGAGUUUCGAUCCCUAUCGAUACCUUGAUGAAAAUGGCAAAAUGAAACCAACAAGACCUGAUAGCUGGCUUCCCUUUUCAGCAGGCCGCCGAGUUUGUUUGGGCGAAAAUGUCGCCAAACCGGAAUUGUUGUUGAUGUGUGCAAAUAUUUUGCAGCGAUUUGAAAUCCGACUUCCGGAUGGCGUCAAAGCAAACCCCGAGUACAAGAUGAUGGGAUUUGGUUUAGAGCUUCCGUCUGAGUACAAGGUUAUUGUAAAAGAGAGAGCGAAGAACCGAUAGGACGAUAAUAGCAUCCGUCAUUGAAUAUAGUAGGAUUAAAAGUCAGUUGUGUUCUAUACAUAGUAACAACGGACAUCAAGCUGUUCAAAUAUCAUGGGAUCAUUUCUAAUCGAAACGUGGAUUGAUUUUGAGGUUAGGUAGAAACAUUGUAUUUAAUGCUAUAGUUAAGUGUUUGUAAUCCAUUCGAUUAUUAUUGACACUAAGGCUCAGUACAGGUAUUAUUAACCAUAGUCACCAGUAUAUCUGACACAUUUAGUACAGUGUUAUCACGCAUAUAAAGGCUAUACAGUAUUUCUCAUAGAUAAUGGAGUCUUUAAGUAUAACAAGAUAAACAUUUUGUAGAAUUAUUUUCAAUUGGAUUAAAAGGAUGUUCACCUGGAA